CAACUUUUUUUUUUAACAGUCAGCAAAAAGACCUCAAUCAGACAAGACAUGGUGUGAACGAAAAUCUAUUUUCUUUCAUAUAUUUACGCAGUCAGACCAGACUGUAGAAUUUUAGUGACCUUAUUUAUUCAAAGAAAGAAAGAAAAUAAAAUGUAAAACGUGUAUUUUAAAUAAUGUAGAAUAUUGCCUUAUGGAGAAGUUUUUUGGAUCCACUCAUCGAUCGCGUCAUCAAAUAAUAUUAUCCAUUACUUUAGCUACAUCUAAUUAAUCAUGUUUGAAGAAAAUAUUAAUUGAAUGCCCUUGUGUAGAAAUAGAUGAAGUGAUUUCGUAUUUGUAAAAUUUCUGCAGUUUGUUUCCAAAAUGUACGAAGACGCUACAGAGACGGUCUAUGGGACCCAUGAAGACUCCCACGUUGUGAUGUCAGAAAAGGUCCAGUCUCUGGCUGGAAGCAUAUACCAGGAGUUCGAACGCAUGAUAGCUCGGUACGACGAAGAUGUCGUGAAGACGCUUAUGCCACUGUUGGUGAACGUGCUUGAGUGCUUGGAUUCAGCUUAUCAGACCAACCAGGAACAUGAAGUCGAGCUGGAGUUACUGCGAGAAGAUAAUGAACAACUGGUCACGCAAUACGAGCGCGAGAAGGCAGCGAGGAAACACGCGGAGCAGAAGUUGCUCGAAGCGGAAGAUCACUUCGAAGGAGAGAGGAAAGAUCUAUCCGGUCGAAUGGAGGCUCUGGACAGUAUUGUCAGGAUGUUGGAGCUCAAACAUAAGAACUCGUUGGACCACGCAAGCAGACUCGAGGAACGUGAGAAUGAGCUGAAGAAAGAAUAUUCGAAACUCCACGAGCGAUACAAUGAGCUGUUCAAAACCCAUGUGGACUACAUGGAGCGUACCAAGUUGCUGAUGAGCACAGCUAGCGACAGAGGAGAGGUCCGCGGAAGACUUGGCCUCAACCCCAUGCGUUCUAGUGGUCCGAUAUCGUUCGGGUUUGCAUCGCUGGAGAGUUCGAUGCACAAUGUGGAGCAAACAGAGAGUAUGCCUGGUAGCCCUGUCAGCUUGUCCUCUUCGCCUCCCUCUCCGCCAACCGGCUCCGAUUUAGCAGCAGUGAGGACUGUAGAAUGCGCGCACCAGACAGACCCCAUCACACAGCAAAGUCAGGCAACAUCACCAGUGGCACCGCCUAACGCCCCUAAUACUGGAAAAUCGCAAACAAAGAGCGAGAAGCGAAGCGGCAACACGUUGUACCAAGAGCUCGCUUUCCAGGAUGUGGAUCCGGGCAUUGCUGAAGGCGAAGACGCUGAUAUCACAGGUAGUUGGGUGCAUCCUGGCGAAUACGCAUCUUCUGUUAACGACAAUUACUUUGGAAUGGGGAAAGAAGUAGAGAAUCUUAUCCUCGAGAAUAACGAGCUGUUAGCCACGAAGAAUGCGUUGAACGUCGUGAAAGAUGACCUCAUUGUGAAAGUUGACGAAAUGAUGGGAGAGCUCGAGAUCUUGAGAGAGGAGGUUGCAAACCUCAGCUCCGCCAGGGAGAAGUUACGUAACAGAGUCACCGAGUUAGAAGAGGAAGUGAGACAUUUGAAGGAGACGGUGAGCUCGAACGCGGGCGGUGGUGACAACAACGAGGACGAAGCCGACGUGCCCAUGGCGCAACGCAGGCGCUUUACUCGCGUCGAAAUGGCACGAGUCCUUAUGGAACGCAAUCAAUACAAGGAGCGUUUCAUGGAGCUGCAAGAUGCCGUUCGCUGGACUGAGAUGGUGCGAGCGAGUCGCGUUGACUCCACUGUCGACAAGAAAAAUAAGCAAACAAUUUGGAAGUUUUUUAGUAACCUUUUCAGUACCAGCGAACGUCCACAACGUCCACUAUCAACGCCUCAUCUCCGCGCGGUAGCAGCUCCGCAACCUGCGCUUCGUCAUUCGAGGACGCAAGCUGACUUCUUCGAGACCCAGUUGACGGACCAUCAUCACUCCAGACGCCAUGAAAGGAGCGAGCAGUUCCGUCAGGUGCGGGCUCACGUUCGCAAAGAAGAUGGGCGCACCCAGGCAUACGGUUGGAGCCUGCCGAGUAAGAGCGGCCAGGGACAGAAAGGCCCCAGCUCAUGCACCUCACUGUCGUCUGGCGGGGUCCCUGUACCCGUGCCAGUGUUUUGCAGACCAAUAGCAGAAAACGAGCCUCGUAUGACAUUGCUGUGCGCGGCCGCGGUCAAUCUGAAUGGAGGCCGAACUCCAGACGGUGGGUGUAUGGUGGGCGAGAGCGUCUUCUAUGCGAACCCAGAGGAUAAAACUGAGAACACCAUGUCGCUUGCGUACGAGAUGAACAAGGCUCAGUCGGUGCAUUCGCCGGAGGUGGAAGAAAUUAACCAACAGCUGCAGUCCACGCAGAGUGUCGAGUAUACAGAGAAGAACCUAUCAUCUCUCGUUUGGAUAUGUUCCAGCAACCAGAAUAAAGGGAUUGUCAUGAUCAUCGAUGCGAACAAUCCGGCUGAGGUGAUAGAAUCGUUCCCGGUGACUGACAAACAUAUUCUGUGCGUUGCGUCUGUGCCGGGCGCGGUCGCUGAAGACUACCGGGACUAUCAAGAGAGGGCAGCAGGAGCGGUUGAAAAACGACAUUCUUACGUGUUCGGUGCCGGCAGGAUAGAUUCCGUUGACGUACACAAGUCUAAUGUCACGGACGAGAACGGCGAGUCAGACACGUUUGUCGUUGGAGCUACUCGCUUAGUGAAAGCAGCGAUCUUGACCCCUCCCAGUACACCAGUGAAUGAGCCCGAAACUGCACCAGAACCUCAGAAUCAAGAGACAGCCAAAACUAACGAGGAACCUGAACCUGUACACCCUGACAGUCCGCCACUCAGCUCCACACCCAUCAAUGGAGGUCUUUUGAACUCGCCCGAGCCAGGGGUUGAAGCGUUUGCUCAGCAGCAAUCGAAGACGGAGACACAACCGGAGCAGGAACGCAAGAUGUCGACGGUGAUGGCGACCAUGUGGCUAGGCACCAAGAGUGGCAACCUCUAUGUACACUCUGCUGUUGGGAACUACAAGAAAUGCUUAGCCAGAGUAAAACUAAAUGACGCCAUAUUAUCAAUAGUGGCUUGCGCCUCCCGAAGCAUUGUAGCGCUCGCUGACGGCACCGUAGCUAUAUUUUCGAGACACGCGGACGGACAGUGGGACUUCGGACAGUAUUGGUUGCUCACCCUGGGUGACCCUAAAUGUUCUGUUCGCUGUCUAAGCGCCGUGGGCUGCACUGUAUGGUGCGGCUACCGUAACAAGGUGCACGUCAUAGAGCCUCGCUCACGAUUGUUGCUGCAUUCGCUGGAAGCUCAUCCGCGCCAGGAGAGUCAAGUAAGGCAGAUGGCCUGCGAUGGCGAUGGAGUCUGGGUUUCAAUCAAAAUGGAUUCCACCCUGCGUUUGUAUCAUGCACAUACGUACCAACAUUUGAAGGAUGUUGAUAUUGAGCCGUACGUGAGCAAAAUGCUGGGUACUGGAAAACUUGGCUUCUCCCUAGUCAGGAUUACAGCUUUGUUGAUUAGUUCAGGGCGGCUCUGGAUCGGUACAAGUAACGGAGUUGUAAUAUCAGUGCCGCUCUCAGAAGGAUCUAGUCGAGAUUCCAUCGGACCACAACCGUCGACUUCACGGUCGCCCGCUCAAACUGCCAUAGCCGCCUGUCCGACUGGCAAUAUUCCAUGGUGUUCGAUGGCCCAUGCCCAACUAAGCUUCCAUGGACAUCGUGACGCCGUUACUUUCUUCGUAGCAGUGCCCGGAGUGGCUGGAUCCCCCGCACGCACUCCUGAAUCUCCUCGAAGGCAUUCGCCGACCAUACCACCCAUGUUGGUCAUAUCGGGUGGCGAAGGAUAUAUUGAUUUUAGAAUAGAAGAACACGCUGAUGACUUGCGCGACACUGCCUCCCACCUCAUUGUAUGGCAAGUUCUAAGAGAGUCCUGAACGUACCUGAACGUAGCAUAAUUAAUUAAUAUUUAUUACUGCCGACUCGGAAAUGGAAGACAGUGUAGUAGUCGCGGAGGACGGAUCUUCAAGUGGUCACAGUUCUUUGGCCGACCGGGCUUCCAAGAGCCAUUUGAUAGUGUGGCAAGUAGCGACCGCCUAACGCAGGGCCAGCCGUGUGCGACUUGACUCCGAUUCGGACUAUGUGUAUGUGUGUACGUCCACCAAACCAGCGACGCUCAUCAACGCGUAAGUUACGUGGAUGUAAAUAGGACGACGGUUAUGGAGAUGCAUGGAGUAGAUAUAUUAUUAUUUUGUAAAGUUGAACUAUGUUCUGUGCAUGAACUGUAGCAGUGAUGUACAGUCAGCGACAGAUCAUAAUGGGACAUUUAGGGUACUCAAAACACCAAGAUAGCGAUACACAGUACACACAAAGUUACCAUUUAUGUAAAUAAGUUCACUCAAAGUGUCAAAGUGAGUGAAUCUAUCUAUACUGCACUUUGUGUGUACCACAAGUUUUGGGCGUUUUGGUUGCAUCUACAUCUUUGAGCGUCCUAAAUGUCCCUUUGUAUCAGACGCUGGCAGUAGAAGUUAUUUAGUUGAUGUCGAUUUUGAUACUACUAUAUGUUUAGUUACCUUUGUUAUUAUUUAAGUGAAUGUCUUAUGUUUUAUUUGUAAUUAUUACAUCAAGUUAUUAUGUAUACUAUGAUAAGUCACAAAACCAUACUAAAGAAUAAUUUUAACGGUUCAACAUGGAACCUGUAGUAUAGGUAAUGACUAAUAUGUAAUAGCUUUAUGUGAAAGUUUUAUCGGUUAGGUCUAUAUUCACCAAUGUGUUGUACCCAGUAUUGAGUUCACUUACAUGCUUUUACAUCUCCAAACCGUCGAGCAAACGGAUCAGCGAAGUGUCGAUCGAUCAGUAUUUUCAGUAAUGUUUUAUAUCUUAGGAGUUCGGUUGCAAUCGCAAUUAGGAAUUGAUUUAUGUGUUGGUCCUUCGUAUCCAUUUUUAUCCUAUUUGACAUUAUUUAUUAAUAUAGGAUAUGCGUGUAUCUGGAAUUGAUAAUAUCAGGAUUAUUCUAACAUUCGUUAUAUCUCAUCUUAGAAUAGUUAAUCAAUAUAAACUUUAUCAUGAUAUGAUGUGUCUCUUAAAGUCUUCUAAGAAAUUAGUUCCCAUUCAUGUACCUAAGUUCAUACAUAUCCUGCAUUAAUGAGAAAUGUGUAACUGUGUUGAUCAUGUCUCACUACACACGUCAUCACACGUCUGCAAUCGAUGUCUCACACGGCAUUAUACUAUUUGUCAUACACUACUACAUUGUAUCAUUCAUAUAGUUACUAUGUGUGCUUAAUAUUUAGCUAUAUUUCUUGGCGCUAUAGUCCUUAAUAUUGCUCACGUCUAGAGUCGUUUGGCCGAGGGAGACAUAUUUUCUUUACAUCAUGUCCACCUCGGUACAAGCUUAAUCUCAUUAAAAUUAUGUACAAGAUGUAACCACCAAAUAAUACGUUUUAGUAGUGUUAGUUAGAUUAAAAGAAUAUAUUGAACAUUUUUAUAAUAUAGAUACGCAAUAGUAAUUAACUUCUCAAGGAAUGUGACCAUUUGGGCUGUGGUUGUCAUCGGCAUCACAAGUUUAGAUCUUUAAUUUAUUAUUAGAAUUUUAUUUUGUUUAUAUAAAGAUUAGUCCGAUUAUUUAGACGGAAAAAUGGCGGUUGCAUGUAACUCGGGAGUGUUGAAAAUUGGCAAUUAUGCACAUUAAUUUUGUAAACAUUCUAUUCAACCUCCAUUUUUUCGACCAAAUUAUUAGGCUAUGUAAAGAAAUGAAAUUAUUAUUUUAGAACUGUUGCGGUGUACAUGCGUUUAUUGACUAUUCUGUGUAUUUGUACUGUUUUACCUGGAUUAUUUACGACUUACAGAAAUGAGACUUGUAAUGAAUUUACCAGAAUUUUUACUGCCGUAAAACUUCCAGGUAACUUUUUGUACCAAAUACUGAACCAUAGUCGUCCCAAAAUAAGAGGUCAACUCUGACAAUUGUCAAUCUAUGUUUUGCUAUAACUUAAUAUAAACAUCCGCUUUAAUAAAUGAAAAAUUGUAAAAAAUAUAUUUAUUAAGUUAUUAAAUAAAAAAAUACAGCAAACGCUGGUCGCAGGUGGAAUUAUUCAGAUGAAAGAAUUGUGGGUAAUAGUUUGGAUAUUUGAAAAAUCAUCUUUGUCUUGAUGUCAUUGAUUGGUCAAUGUGUAUUUAAACUUUUUAAGUAUGUAAAAUUAAAAUAAAUAUAAUUGUACGUAAAGGUGGGCUUAAUGCCAAUGAUCUAAGCAUACUUACGCUAUUUCGAAAGUUCUUGAGAUAUAGCUAUAUUUCCUGAUUUGGUGAUUUUAAACUCUUGUAUUUUAACUUGAUAUAAAGUAGAGAUCGCCAAACGAUAUUUACUUCUCACUUCAUGGCCGCUGUCAGAGUUGUCCUCUUUUUUAUUAAGACUCUAAAUUAGGCUUAUGUAAUAUAAUUUAUUGAAAUUGAUACUUAAUGAAUUCCAACGCAAGUACACCGUUGACAAGGUAAGUUGUGAAGUUUUAUUUGACAGAAUCAUAACAUUUGCUAAUUAAUUUAUUUUUUUGCUGGUGUUAUUUUUUUAUUAAACGACUAAUGGUGCAUAAAUAGAUUAGGUAUAUAUUGUUUUAUUGUAUUCACAGUCGCGUGAAUGUAGCCUUUAUCAAUAUUUGACACUUUGAUGACAUUUAUAUUCUUUACUGAUGAAAUAUAUUUUUAAGGCAAGCGUUACAUGAAGAGCGGUUCAGCCAUGGGUUAAGGUUUCGAACUUUUCAUAAAUAGCUUUCUGGUUUCGAACUCGUAUUCAAAAAGAGUUCUUACCUAGAGUAUGUUCGAAUCCUAAACCCAUAUUUACAUAACGGAAUUAGUGGCUUGAAUUUAGUACUAUAAAAUUAAUUUGACCAGUAACAUUACAUGUACCAGUUUUACAAUGCAUGCAUUACUUUUGUGUCACUGUGGUAGUAGGCGGAGGAAGUCAUUAGAUGACUUAAAAAAAAAGUUUCGUUAACUCGCAUAGUUUUUGUAAAAUUAAUUUCAUUAUGUGAAUCCGGGUUAGCCUCCAGAUUCUGAAAGUUUUAUCAAGUCAAUUUACAAUUAACAUAAUUAUGCUAGUAUCUAUUCUUUCAUUAAUACUACUGAAGUAAAAUACCAAACGUCAGUACACAGCUUUCUUUUAUGAUAUUAAGUAUAUGAAAGCAAUAAGUCAUUCUACUUUAUCACCAUAGUACCUGGCAUUUGUGUUAGUUGUAAAUCAUUUCAUAAGCCUUUGAGUAGCUGUGAUCUAGAACCUGAAGCGCAUUUCGUGUAACGUUAGCUUCCUUCUAACUUAUAAUCACAUUUAAAAUGACAGUUAUUUUUGUAUAUACUUUGGCACAUUUUCCCCUCGAUGUGUACUCUUAUUAUAUUGGAAAAUAUUAUUAUUAUAGAGGUUUAAUUAGUGCUAUAUGAAAUCAUAAAAUAAAUAUAUUAAGUUAUUAAACAAAAGAUUACAGCAAACGCUGGUUGAGGGUGGAAUUAUUCAGAUGAAAACAGCUUAUUAGCGUAUAUUUGCGUAGUUUCAUUUAACAAGAUAGUCAUGAUGAUCAAUAUAUUCUGUUGCGUGCUAUUAUUGGUAGAAUUUGCCGUUUGGAUCAGUGCAAUACACUAUAUUAUAGUUUAGCAUCACUUUCACGUUUGUGUAUUUUAGUUUGUAGCUCACUUGUAGGCCAUGUUUACUAUUUAGACCUGUACCCUUAGUACGAGUUUUUUUUUACGUUUAACGAAAUCGAAAAGAAACCGCGUUCUGCACUCUGAUUGUUUGGUUUAUUCGCACCGGCCUCAGACCAAUCAGACCUGAACGCGCUAUUGUUUAGUUCUCAUUGAACGUAAAGCAAACUCGUACUAACGAUAUUGAAUGUCUGCUUUUGCACAUUCUUAACACACACUAAUUUAUCAUAAGUACAACUUUCAACUCAACUCAACAUGUUCUACUUUACACGUUUUGUAUGUAUUUUAAUGUGGCAAAUAUUGCAAUAUUUUAUUUAGGUAUUUAUUAAUAUUACUCUUAUCUACACUAUGAUAGUCAGUAGCAGAUCAACAAGUAAUCCGUAGACAUUGGUAUUAUAUUCCGAAUUUUAAAAUUUAAAUAUAAAUCCAUAUUACCAGUAGCACUAAGUUCUUUUGUGCCUAUAAUGACGUUCAGUAAGAUAGAUAAAACACAGAAGGUAGUCUUUGAGGUACGAGACAGUUACGGGUCACUUACAAUGACGAGUGAAAUCGUAUCGUAUCGUACCUUAAAUCCCAUCUUAAAUGUAGAAGAAUACAAAUUUUAUCGAUAAUACAUAUUCCAAUAGUAGCGUUCACAUUUAAAAUUCUACAUUACACACAGAGAAAAUAUUUGAAAAUCAAUUCUAGUGGUAAUUUUAGUGUAGAUAAAGUUAACAGUGCGAUAAAUAUUAUCAAAAAAGUACGCGUUUUGUUUCCAUUGGCCAGUUUUAAUCCUGAACCAUCGUUGACUGUAAGUGCUAGUCAAAAUAUCGACAUAGUGAUGUAAAUUUAGAUAGGCUUACAUUGUUUUGCUAACGUAGCUGUAAUUGAGGUUAACAAUCACGCAGUACUCGCUGUUUGCCGCGUAGACACUCCAUUGCGGCUUGUCUGCUCCGCUCAUGCGCGGUAAAAUUGCAUCGGUACGAUUGUGAUAAUAUUAUGAAAUGACCUGUCCGAUGUAGGGUACACGAUCAUCGUGUCUGAUUUCUUCGCAUCAUUCGUUUGUUCCGUACUGUGCGGCAGACUUGAGAGAGUCUUGUCGAAAUAAUUGGUUGGGCACGUCCCACUAGUUAGGCUGUGGUUAGCUUUGACUUCGUCCAGAAAAGAAUCUAUUUUCUAAAAUGUUCACGAUGUGCUAAAGAAAGUUGAAAGGCCUCAGCAGCUAGCCUGGCAUAUACAACUUAGAGGCUGUAGCCAACUCGCACUAAGUUGCUAUGCUUGAUUGUUCGUCAUCCGGCAGAAAUGUGCGACUUUCACUUUGUACUCGAUGUUUAUUGCUGAUACAUAACGUGGGUGACGACUGCCUUUUUAACCUUAGUUAGGGAAGCUAGACUCCGGUGAUUCGAUAGUACGAGUGUGUUUAGAAAUGUCGAACGUCUAUCCAUCUUUUAAGUUUUGCAAUGACCACGGCUGUGUGGUAUUAAGGUGGUCUCUUGUAGCGGUCAUAGAUGCAAAAGUUACCGCGUGUGCAUGGAACUUAACGUAUAAUAUGACUGAAAAAUCACAAUCUAGACAUCUGAUAUUUAUAUUGAUCAAUUGAUUGAUAUUUAUUUGUAUUUUGUACUUAUUUUGUUAUUAAUUUUUCUUUUCAUUUGGACACUGUACUUGUAAACAUAUGAACUCUCAGACACUACACAUGUUUGUAUCAACAUAGAAGUUCUUGCUAUAUGAGCAUUGAGAUGAAAACAUGUUGUAUUCAUACUUGUAGUAUGGGAAUUGAAAUAAAUGUAUCGGAGUAAUGAAAGUGCUCUCCUAUCGAUAUUUAGGUUUACACAGGAACUUCUACGUUCAUAUGAUCACUUGCAAGUCGUUUAUUGGCUAAUGUAGUUAAAUUAUGUGUUUAAAUAAUAAUUCAUACGGGCAAAGAGACGAGAUAAAUGUAUCAAUGUCACUAGUACGCAUUACUAUAUGUCUUGUAAUGCGACUUAUCACCUUGGCCCUCAAAUAUAUAAAAAUAACAUUGGAAGGCGAUGCGUUAGAGCUGUAUUUACAAUUUAGCUCGUCUCAUUUGCUUGGUGACAUGCUGUCUCAAUGAAAUUUGUCUAAAUCAAUUUGCCUUACACAGAGUACCAUUUUUACCAAAUUAGCAAUAAUAUAAAUAACUUUAAAAAUUUACCUGAAAUUAUAUUUUAUUUUUCUAAAUUAAUUUAUGUAUUUUUAUAAUGUUUUUUCGGAGGAAAGACAUCAAUUAUGACACAAAUAUUUUAGUCAUAUUAAACGUAAAAAUGUCAUGUAAUAAUACUAUAUUAAUAACUGAUACUUUUUCUGUUUUAAUUGCAAUUAAAGAUGCUGGAAAUUA